CGCACUCUUGUGUGUGUGCGUGUGUGUGUGUGUGUGAGUGAGUGCGUGUGUGAGUGAGUGCGUGCGAGAGAGAGAGAGAGAGAGAGAGAGAGAGCGAGAGCGCAAGGAACAAUCAUAGGAUCCCGUUCAUCUCGAUCGCUGCUACGCGGAGCGAAAGGAUUUAAAGGGCAAGUCUUCCUGGCGCAGACUUAAUGGAUGUUUCCGUUGCAUGAAGAAUAUUUUUCAUUUGGCGGAUUGGAAUGGAGUUGUUCACCGUGAAAGGAUUACUUUUGGGUUUGUUGCCCAGUUACCCUGUCCACGCGCCUGCACCAAUCUAAAACUGCUAUAUAUAUAUAUAUAUAUGUGUGUGUGUGUGUGAUCCAGGUUUGACUGAACAAGAGUGUGUUAAUCGUAUUCUGGAUGUGAAUCAAACGGCUGUGCACGAACACACAGGACUCAAGUAAGCCUAUAAAUCAACUUUCUUAUGCUCAUGUUUUGCAGACUUAGAGCUGCACGCAGCACCGUUUUUUAUUGUUGGCACUAUUGCGCCGUGACAGCGCCGCCACUUUGCUGCAAAACUGCCACGAUCGCCGACUCUAAUGUUGUGCGCCAGUCAGGAGGAAUGCGCCCGCGGCUGUGCGUCUAGGCUUGUGCACGGCACCCACGGAGCCUUGAUGUCGGACAACGAGCACGAGCAUCUCCGGGAUCGGGAACAGACGUAGGACACACACACGAAACGCGCAUGAGAAGCGGUUAAGGUGUCGUAUGUUCAGGACGAGACGCGGCGCUCUGGUUCGGCGACUCUGGAGAAGCCGUUUGAUCGCGGACGGAGAGGAGGCCGAUGGAGGCAGCAAGAGCGACGAUGAUCCAGAGAACAUCUCCCAAACGGAGCCUGCGGCUGUUCGAAACCCCGGGGGAUCCAGUGACACCCUGGUUCUGGUGGAAAGUAGAGGAUCAGAGCUUGUUUUAGAGCAAGAAGGCAUCCAGGUGGACAUGUGCGUCCAGGAGCAGCGUGGACUCCAUCCAUCAGAGGAGAGCGAUGGCACAACAGUGACCUGCUGUUGGUUUAAAGACCUCCAUAGAAGCGAUAAAAGUGACCUUUCUGACCACUGGGAGAUUAGAGACCAGAGUGCUGCAGAGUCAAGAACUCGUAGAACAUUAUUGGAGCAAGAACUUCAAAGGGGUGCUUAUGCACUCCUGAAAAAGUUGAAGGAAAAACCUUUAGGCGUCUUGCUGGAAGCGGUGGAGUCUAAAGGCGCCGUGUUGGGUGGUUGUGUUGUAGCUCCACAGGCCGAGCUGAAUAUAGGAGGUUGUGCUGUGUCUCCUCAAUACCUGCUGUGUAGGUUUUUCCGCUGGCCUGAGCUGCAGUUCGGCUCCUUACUUAAAGCGCUGUGCUGCUGUCAGAGUUUCAGGGCGCCAGGCGGCGAGGCGCCCUGCUGCAACCCCUAUCAUUACAGCCGCCUUUGUGGACCAGAUUCGCCCCCUCCUCCCUACUCACAGCUCUCCCCUAAACUAGGACAGGAGUCUUUGGCUCCUAUACACCCGGUGUUGCCUUAUACUGAGAUUGAGGCGACCUUGUCACCCAGCAGCACAUCCAGGGGUCACUCAGAUACCAGCAUGUCUCUUUCCUCGCUUGGACGCAAUCAUUGGUGUAAUGUGGCGUACUGGGAGCACCGGAUGCGUGUGGGCCGCCUGUAUCCUGUGUAUGACUCCUCCCUCAGCAUCUUCUAUGACCUACCUCAGGGCACGGGCCUGUGUCUGGGCCUGCUGCCCAACACGGGCCGCGCCAGCUCAUCAGUUCAGCGUGCACGCGCCAAGAUCGGCCACGGUAUCCUGCUGAGCCGAGAGGCUGACGGCGUGUGGGCCUACAACCGCAGCCAGCACCCCAUCUUCAUCAACUCACCCACCCUGGAGCUCCCCCGCUGUCGCAGCCCCACUGUCACAAGGGUGAUGCCAGGCUACUCAGUUAAGAUUUUUGACUACGAGAAGUCAUGCCAAAUUGGGCACCCGGUGCAUUCGGAGGGGCCGUAUGAUCCAAACAGCGUGAGAAUCAGCUUUGCUAAGGGCUGGGGGCCAUGCUACUCAAGACAGUUUGUCACGUCAUGUCCUUGCUGGCUGGAGAUUCUGCUCAACAACCACAGAUAGCACACAACCACCUACACACACACACACACACACACACACACACACACUCUGUUCCCCUCUUAAUCACAAUUAUUUCUCUCUCUCUCUCUCUUUCUCUCUCUCUCACUCUUUAUCUCUCUUUCACACACACGCACACACACAUACUGUACACACACACAUACACAAACACACACAGGCACACAAAAACAUUCAAAAUCCCAAUCCCAAAAUGUAAUCUAUCUAGAUUUAAUAUAAAAUUUUAUAUAUACAUAUUAUAUAAAGGACAAUAUACUUGUAAAUAACGAGUCCUUUUUACAGUGUAAUUAUUUAUGUAUGGUGCAAUGUGUAUAUGGGCGUGAGGGAAAACAAGAUGAUCAGGUGAUGCACUUUGGAUUCUGUGUGCUCACAUGGAAUCUCUGCCAUUUUUACUAGCGGAUGUGUACAGAACUCCUGGUUUUGGUGUAUAGUUUUCAUAUACGAUCAAUAUCCAGAAAAAACUAAGUACCAUGGACACAUUGAUAAUAAAGUAUUCGUCAGAUA